AUCAGGGCGGGCGCCGAGCAGCGCCGGCCCGCGCCCGACACGCUCAAGUCGACGCUGACGCUGCGCGACCCGCCGGCCGGGCGCUGGCUGCGCUGCGACGCCGCCAACGUGCGCGGCAACGGCUCCUCGGCGCCCGUGCGCGUCGCGCUCACGGCCGUCCCCACCCGCGGGCCCUCGCCCGGCCUCGUGGGCGGCGUGGUGGGCGUGGUGGCGCUCAUCUGCGGCGCCGCCGCCACCUGCGUCUACAUCACGCUGCGGCAGAAGCGGGAUCGGCGGCGGCUGCACUGCGCGGCGGGGCUGCAGGGGCUGGUGGCCGGCGAGCCCGGCUCCCUCGACCCCACGCUGCCCGCCGACGAGCAGGCCGAGCUGCUGCCGUACGAGGCGCGCUGGGAGUUCCCGCGCGAGGACCUCAUCCUCGGCGGAGGCGCGCGGCAUCGUGGACGACGAGGACAUCUCGACGGUGGCGGUGAAGAUGGUGAAGCGCGGCGCCGACGACGCCUACCUGCGCGCCCUCGCCUCCGAGCUCAAGAUCCUCGUGCACCUGGGCCGCCACCUCAACGUGGUGAACCUGCUGGGCGCGUGCACGGGGCGCAUCAUGGAACCUCGUACGACUCGGGCGGCGCGGCGGUGCCGCUGUCCCCGCUGCCCACGGACGACUCCUCGUCCAGCGGCGGGCCCCAGCCCCUGUGGCGCACGCUCUACCGCUGCGACACGCGCGCGCCCUCGCGGGUGCUCUGCACGGCCGAUCUCCUCAGCUGGGCCUAUCAGGUGGCGUGUGGCAUGCAAUACCUAGCACAACGAAAGGUACUGCACGGCGACCUGGCUGCUCGUAACGUUCUUCUAGCGCGGGACGGCAUUGUGAAGAUAUGCGACUUCGGAUUGGCGCGCAGCAUGUACAAAUCAGAUACCUACAAGAAAAAAGGCGAC